AUGACCAUGACAAUGGAUGCACAGCAGAGAUUCGGGCCCACCAUGAAUCUCGAGUACCCCCAUCACUCACAGGCGCCGACCUUUUCGAACCCGUGGUCAUCGUCGUCGUCGACUUCACAGCCUCCACCAAGCAGUGGUCUCUUUGGUGCUAGCCAGCAGCCUCCACCUUUGAAUCCUAACCUGAUGGCUGGCAAGCCUCCUCCUGGACGGGCGGGUUCGUCUUUGGGUUCAUACGCCACCAUGCCCGUCAGCACCUCAGCAGAUCUUCUCGGUAUGAACCGUCUGCCUACCACUGGCCCAUACGCAGAUGCAUCCUACACAACGUCUGCUGGUCCCGUGGCUGGCCAGUUCCCGACGUCCAGCGCUCCUUAUGAUGCAUUGGGCUACGCUCCAGCUCCAGUGCGCUCUACCCAGUUCAGCCUGGUCCCUGAUGCGGAUCGCAAGUACUCGAGCCUACAGCAGCAACACGCAGACGAGCGCAGAGGCUUCGCUGAUGCGCUUGACGCCAGCCACGGAAUGCUGGCUAUGAGCCAAGAGACCCCCCGCAACAUCUAUGGAAGCCGCAACGAUCGAUCGUCGGUUGACUCGUACGGAUUCCCAUCAACGCAUUCAACCAGCUCCUCGAUUUCCAGCGCCAGCAACUUUAGCUCCUACUAUGGCGACUCUGUCUCUGACUACUCGACCGCUGGUUCAGAUGUCGAACAGGUCAACUCGAGGACGCUCCCACGUCCCCACGGGUUUCCGCACUCACAGAUGCCUCCUGCACCUCAAUCCAUGAUGAGCCAGUUCAGCUCCAAGGUCUCGUCCAGCACUCAGAAGAAGCACAAGUGCAAGGUGUGCGAGAAGCGAUUCACCCGACCCAGCUCGCUGCAGACCCACAUGUAUAGCCACACUGGCGAAAAGCCCUUUGCUUGCGAGGUCGAGGGCUGCGGUCGACACUUUUCCGUGGUCUCCAAUCUGCGACGCCACCGCAAGGUCCACAGGGGCGACGCCCGCUCAGAGGCCGGCUCAGAGGACCACCAGUCCGAUUAA